AUGGAGCUUCCCCUAUUCAUGAACAGAAAGGUGGAGAAAAUUCCUAUUAUACUUCUUCUCCUUACUGCACUGAUUCUUCUGGCUAUUGUGAAACCUGAUUGCCCUUUACCAAUAUACGAAUUUAUGUCAAGAACUUCUGCUGUUUCACAGCCUCCCGAACGUGCAGAAGUUAAGUUCACAAAGAUGGCUAUCUAUAAUGAAAAGUGUGACAUUUUUACUGGAAAAUGGAUACCUAACCCCAAGGCGCCAUACUACACAAAUUCUACGUGUUGGGCGAUUCAUGAGUAUCAGAACUGCAUGAAAUAUGGAAGGCCAGAUGAUGAGUUUAUGAAAUGGAGGUGGAAACCGGACGCUUGUGAGUUACCUAUCUUCAAUCCAAAUGAGUUUCUUGAUAUCGUCAAAGGCAAGUCGAUGGCAUUUCUAGGGGAUUCUUUGGGAAGAAACCACAUGCAAUCCUUAAUAUGCCUCUUAUCCAAGGUAGAAACUCCAAUUGACGCCUCAUAUGUAGAAGAUGAUCACUUCAGACGCUGGAACUACACUAGUCGCAACUUCACCCUUGCAGCGUUAUGGUCACCCUUUUUGGUGAAAUCUGGGAAGGCAAAUACAGGGCCAGACCAUUAUAAUCUCUACCUUGAUGAAGUUGAUUGGAAUUGGGCUUCAAAGAUUGAAGAAUUUGAUUACGUGAUCCUCAACUCUGGGAAUUGGUUUUAUCGUCCAAGCUUUUACUAUGAAAACCACCAGUUUGUGGGCUGUAGCUCUUGUCAAAUGGAUAAUGUGACUGACCUCUCAAUGACUUACGGAUAUCGAAAAGCACUCAAGACAGCCUUUGGUACUCUCAAAAGCUUGAAGAACUACAAGGGAAUAACAUUCCUUAGGACUUUCCCACCUUCCCAUUACGAAAAUGGGAACUGGAAUGCUGGUGGCAAUUGCCUAAGAAAAGUGCCGUACAUGAAAAAUGAGAUUUCUUUGGAGGGUACACCGUUAGAGAUUUACUUGACUCAAGUGGAGGAAUUCAAGGCUGCAGAGAAAGAAUGGGAGGAAAAAGGGUUGAGGUUUAAGUUAUUUGAUACAACUCAAGCCAUGUUGCUAAGACCAGAUGGCCAUCCUAGUAAAUAUGGGCACUGGCCGAAGGAAAAUGUGACAUUGUAUAACGAUUGUGUCCACUGGUGCUUGCCUGGACCUAUUGAUUCGUGGAAUGACUUUUUGCUUCACAUGUUGAAAAUGGAAGGUAAGGAGUCAUACCUGGAAAUGCUUGAAAAAAUUGGGGGUAAGUUUGUAUUGGAAUGA